CUGGUGGCGAACGCGGGAGUCCGAUUAAGAACCGAGAGGGGUUACUUCGUUUCGUCGGCUGCCGGCGUGGUUUCCUAGACGGCGGCGGCAGCGGCGGUGGCGGCGGUGGCGGCGACGGCAGUUCGCUCGCUCGUUCGGCACAGUCGAACUCCUUCGCCACUGAACGACGGACGUCGUCGUCGCCGUCAUCGUCUUCAUUAUUCACAAGAGAGACCGGGGGACCAUCUCUUGACGCGAUCAUCAUGUCGUGCAUCACGAUCGGUGUCUUGAUGAUACUCGCGUCGAUCGCACGCAGUUGCGCCGGUUGCCCGUUCUGCGCCAGGCAGCAACUGCAGCAGUUGCAGCAGCGUACACAGCCGCAACAGCAGCAACAAUUUUAUCGGACGAUCGGCAGCCCGAGACCAUUCGGCGCCGACAGACCGACCCGCGUCCAGGAGUUCAACCGAACCGGCGUGCUGCACCCCGAAUAUCAGAUACCGGCGACUAUCAGGCCCGGUAAUGUGUCUCAGUUCUAUUACCUGAGCCCACGAGAAGGUCCGCCUCUCACGUUACUCGUUAGCCCAUGCAGCGGUCCGAUAUCCUGGACGGUCAGUUAUGUAGAACCGCCCGAGAAUAAUCAAGAAGCAGAAGCGCAAACGCGAUGGCCUGUGAAGACCCUGAAACCGGGAUCUCCUCUCUUUAUGUACGAGGGCGCGGAGGACCAAAAUUUUACGAUACCAAAGACGCGAGCCGGUCUUUACUGGUUCGAAAUCAAAUCCAUGGAGCCCGCGAAUGUCUCACCUGGCACGGUGCUCCUGUAUGCGACUUCCAGCGCCUUGGACCACGUAUCGGGCAUGUAUGCGAAUGGAAAAGAGAAUCGACAUCGCACACUGAGAUUUCAACAGCGACGAAGUAAACGGCGGCUGACAAUAUCCUGGGGCAAGAGCCAUGUGGAUCCUCACCUUUCGAACUACUGUUUAGUUGUCACUUCGGGCACGCAGCCGCACCCAUCGACUCUCUGUGCUGCGCAGAACGUUCUGAAAGCUCAUCCGAACUCGUCGGCGAGAACCGGCUUGUCCUCAAAGGAGCACCAUCAUCGGGGCGUUCCGGAAGGUCUGCACUGCGUACGGCAGACCAAGCUGACGCUUCACAGGAUGAGAUACGACACUAUGUACAACUUUACCCUAUAUGUGGUAAACACUCGGAACAACGUCUCCAACCGGGUCGCCACCGACGCUAUCAAAUUCAAGAAAACACCGGAGCUGACUUUGCGAACCGGUCGUUACAUCACGGCUAAUCUGCGGAAGACCGAUGGUUUCGUCAAUUUCCGUUAUCGUCCGCCGGACAACACCUCAAGUACCUUUCACAUACUUCCCUGCGGUGGAGGCAUCGUGAAGGCGAAAUUAAACGGACAAGGAAUACUACGGGUAAAAGAGGUGGUCGGAUAUGCCUCAUUGCGCGUACCUCCUUUACCUCCCGGUAAGACGUACACUCUGCGUAUAUCGACUACACCGCAGGAGCUGGUUCGAGUAUCCACCAUAAAAGUGCUAGCUACGCAGGAGUCGUCCACCAUUUAUCCGCAAAUACCAUCCAAGAAUCCACCGCGAGAGUACCGAUCUCUCAGAACAUGUCACGAAGUGACGAUAGGCGUGGACCCAGCCGGCGACGCAAAGUACUGCAUCCUGGUGAAGGAACUGCGGAGUUCGUCGUCCUUAGCAAGUGUUACGACCGUGCCGGAUCAGUGCGGACUUCAUCGGCGCAGGCGAUCCGAGUACACAUUCGAGGUUUGCGAGGAGAAACGAAACCCACCGAAGGACCGGGCGCUGCCGUUCACUCUGAAGAGGCUACAACCUGGCAAAGCUUACCUCUUGCAAGUCACAGCGCAGCUGAAGGGCCAGUCCUUGUCCUAUCCGCUGCUGGGUGUACGCACACGACGUUCCUGCACCGCGUAAUCCGCAUGAUUCCUAUUAAACGAACUAUAAGACCGAUGAGACGAUAGUCUGCGAGAGCACUGUUGGUGACUUUUAGAUCUAUCUCAUCAAAUAAUGUAUACCAUAAAAGAAACGUCCACGAGAUUUAGAGAAUUGGACGUGCAUAUCAUUUAUCUUAACAAUGACGUGAAUUUUAUUCAAGUAGAACAAAGAAUCAUCGUGACAUCAAAAUGGCGUCAAAAUAGCUUCAAAAUAAUUAUUAAGAGUCUUUUCGAUUACGAUUCAUUUUAAUGUCAUUUUGACGUUAUCAGAAU